UUGCCAUUGCAACCACAGUUCUAUUAAAGACGAUUCUCAAUAUCAGCAGUAUCUCUCCUGCGACUCGGUUGACCAAGGUCCAGCCAUCGACUCGUCAUGUCCACUGCAUUCCGGAAGAUCAACAUUGAUGCCUUUGAUGAGGAUGUCUUGCUACCUUCCGACCUAUACGACCCUGAUCCCAGGGGUGUAGACGGUGUCACAGCAGAAAGCAAGCAAAAGGCCCAAGAAGCCAGGAAUUUGGUAUCAAAAGGUGAUACCGCUGGAGCCCUCAAUGCUAUACUGAGUAACCCGCCAUACGGGGAGGGAGUCGAUGAUGCAAAGGCUACCACGACCAGUGCCCUUUUGACCAUUCUCAACUCUACUCGAUCAGCUGAUAUCGCUGGCGUAUUGAAAGGAUUAGGCGAGGAGCAGCAGGGUCAUCUCAUGGCGUACUUGUACAAGGGAAUGGAGGGCCUCGGUCAAGGCAGUGAUCAGAGCGGAUCGGUCCUCUUAACAUGGCAUGAAAAGCUCGUUGAGGUUGCAGGCAUCGGCGCUAUCGUCAGGGUCAUGACCGACAGAAGGCUGCUUUGAGGGACUAGUGUCGAGGGUGUCGAGGGUGUAAAAGAUGCAUCAAUUGUAUACCGGUU